GCGCCCAAGCCCGGGGGCGCCCUGCUCCUCAGUCCCCGGCCUCCGACCCCGAACGCGCCGGGCCAGAGUGCGCCCGGCGGUGGAGCGGCUCAGAGCAGCGGGGGCUUCGGCGGCUGCUCCGGGCUCAGUCUGGCCGCAGGACCGGCGGGGAAGGAAGGGGAAAGCGGGGACACACUCCGGCCGCGGCGCGCGCGCAUUGCACACUCGCAGCCGCGCGCCCCCGCUGAGGCGCGUCCGGGGCGAGUUUGGCCCCGCGGCUCGGGCCCCGGCACCUGCCGGCUCCGCGCGCUGCGCCCGGGCCCGGGCCCCGCCCCGCUGACCCCCCCGCCCCUUGCCUGCACGGCUCUCCUUUCGACCCGGGGAAGAGACAACGUCCCGAUAACUUGCACGCUGUGGCGCAACUGGUCUCGACACCGGAGGUGCCCGAAGGCUGUCCCGGUGAGCAUUGUUCCUAUGGGAGAAUGAAUUCCAAGUUCCAAACAGCUGAGUCUUGGAUCUCAGAUCCUUUAAGAGUUGUGGACACUCAUACAUAAAAUCAUCUUUAAAAAUGCAGAAACCUGGGAAGGGAAACAGUCUCAACAAUGAAUAGGCCACUCAGCACCACCAACUACAGAUGACUGGCCAUUUCACUUACAAAGAUGUCGUCUGCUGCUGAGAAUGGAGACACGGCACCUGGGAAACAAAAUGAAGAGAAAACCUAUAAAAAGACUGCGUCAUCUGCCAUCAAAGGUGCUAUUCAGCUGGGAAUAGGAUACACAGUGGGUAAUCUCACCUCCAAGCCAGACCGAGAUGUUCUCAUGCAAGAUUUUUAUGUGGUGGAAAGUGUGUUCCUGCCCAGUGAAGGGAGCAAUCUGACCCCAGCACAUCACUACCCAGACUUCAGAUUUAAGACAUAUGCUCCACUAGCAUUCCGAUAUUUCAGAGAACUUUUUGGUAUCAAGCCUGAUGAUUACUUGUAUUCCAUAUGCAGUGAACCUUUAAUAGAGCUGUCUAACCCUGGAGCCAGUGGAUCCUUGUUUUUUGUGACCAGUGAUGAUGAAUUUAUCAUCAAAACAGUUCAGCAUAAAGAAGCAGAGUUCCUUCAGAAGCUACUGCCAGGCUAUUACAUGAAUUUGAACCAGAAUCCAAGAACUCUUUUGCCAAAAUUUUAUGGACUGUAUUGCAUGCAGUCAGGGGGCAUUAACAUCAGGAUUGUGGUGAUGAACAACGUUUUACCACGCUCCAUGAGAAUGCACUUCACGUAUGACUUGAAAGGCUCAACCUAUAAGCGAAGAGCAUCCAGAAAAGAGAGAGAGAAAUCUAGCCCCACGUUUAAGGACUUAGAUUUCCUGCAGGACAUGCAUGAAGGAUUGUAUUUUGAUACAGAAACAUACAAUGCACUCAUGAAGACACUUCAGAGAGACUGCCGGGUGCUGGAAAGCUUCAAGAUCAUGGACUAUAGCCUUUUGCUGGGAAUCCACAUCUUGGACCAUACCCUCAAAGAAAAAGAAGAGGAAAUUUCUCAAAAUGUGCCUGAUGCUAAGCGGCCUGGGACGCAAAAGGUUCUCUACUCAACAGCAAUGGAAUCCAUCCAGGGUCCAGGGAAAUCAGGAGACGGAAUCAUCACAGAGAACCCAGACACAAUGGGAGGCAUUCCAGCUAAAAGCCACAAGGGAGAAAAGCUGCUUUUAUUUAUGGGCAUUAUUGACAUUCUGCAAUCAUAUAGGUUAAUGAAGAAGUUGGAACAUUCCUGGAAAGCUCUUGUUUAUGAUGGGGACACUGUUUCGGUUCACAGACCCAGCUUUUAUGCAGACAGAUUUCUAAAGUUUAUGAAUUCCAGAGUUUUCAAGAAAAUUCAAGCUUUGAAGGCGUCACCUUCUAAGAAACGGUGCAACUCCAUCGCCGCCCUGAAGGCAACCUCACAGGAGAUUGUGUCCUCAAUUAGCCAGGAAUGGAAGGAUGAGAAGCAUGAUUUGCUUACUGAAGGGCAGAGUUUUAGCAGCCUUGAUGAAGAAGCACUGGGAUCCCGACACAGGCCAGAUCUGGUGCCUAGUACUCCAUCGCUGUUUGAAGCUGCUUCCUUGGCGACCACAAUUUCAUCUUCUUCCUUGUAUGUCAAUGAACAUUAUCCACAUGACAGGACUACGCUUUAUUCAAACAGUAAAGGGUUACCUUCCAGUUCCACCUUUACCUUGGAAGAGGGGACCAUCUACUUGACUUCUGAGCCAACUGCUCUGGAAAUGCAAGAUGAUAAUGCCUCCGUGCUUGAUGUCUAUUUAUAAGUGAAAAUGGUGACCACCUUGGCAGAUGGAGGAGACAUGACAGUUGUGGGAAAGAAGUUUCUCCACUCCAGAACUACCCAAAGGAAACGGCUGAACCCCAUUACACACAGAAUCAUAAUCAACUGGACUUGGAGUUUGCAAGAUGUCAGGGGAGCCUUGGCGGAAAGGCUGAUCAGCAGAUGUGAAAAAUACCACACUCGUCUGGCAUUUGCUGUUGCUUGCUGAACUGUGAAGAGCUGCAUGAACUCUGUUUAAGCUGCUUUCUAUACCAUUGCCAAUCACCUUUUUGGACUUGGAAGUGCUAUUUUCCUAUUGACACUUGCAUUAUUUCAUUUUGCAUGCAUCCAGUGAUUAUCCAUAAGCAACAUAUGUAAUCUGCGCAUAUAUUUUUUAAAGAUCCAUCCACGCAAAAUGGUAAAGUCUAAAUUCUAUUCUUUUUGCAAAAUUAUAAUCAUAGCCCAUGUCAUUAAAAGUUUAAAUUGGUUUCAUAUAAAGAUCAGUGUAAUAGGUCUGCAUAUACUUUAUAGAAAAUUAGCUUCUAUAAAGAUUUUUUCACUGUUUACUAGUGAAAUGAGAUAAGCAAAGCUAUUUAUAAAAGGCCUUAUGUUGUGUACAUACAUUGUCUUUGAAAUAUUUGUGAUUUAGUUUAUUGCUUGUAAAAGAGAAAUUAUAUAAUUUAUUUAGUAAAUACUAUUGUAAACUAUAGUUUUAUUGAGAGAAAUAAAAUAUUUUGUUCUCAA